GUUGUUUCUUCGGUAGUUUUCGUGUCGACUCCGUACGAACAUGGUACUCAAAUGUCCAAAGAUUCCUUGCAACAUGGAAAGGAAGAAAAAGAACUUGUUGUUCGGAACUUUGACAGUCAUAGGAGCUGUUCUAAUUCAAAUAACUUUUGGUUACUUUUAUACAAUAGCGAACAUGGUUCCGUAUAUUUUGAGUUAUAUUAAAGCUCGUGUUGAUCCCAGUGUACAAAGUCAAUCAACUGUUUGGCUCUCAGCGCUUGCACUAGCAUCUCAAGGUUUAUCAAUGGCACUUGGUGGACUCGUGUAUCAGAAAGCUGGUUUCCGUGUGGUUGUAGGACUAGGAUGUUUACUUCAUAGUGGAAGUGUUUUCUUAACAAAUAUUACAAUUCAAAGGACCUACAUUGGUGUUAUUAUAACAUACUCAGUACUCAUGGGUCUGGGGCUUGGAUUUGCAUACUCGGUAGUGAUGGGAGUAGCCGCGAAAUGGUUUCCAAAACGACGAUUCCUCAUUGUUGGUUUAGUUGUCGGUGGAUUUGGACUGGGAGCACUUGUUUUUACGCCCAUUCAGACGGCACUUAUCAAUCCGAACAACAUACCGGUGAAUCCUAAAACAAAGCUAUUUGACGAUCCUGAGCUAUUAGAUAGAAUACCAAGAGCAUUUCUCAUCUUAGGCGGAAUUUUAAUUAGUGGACAAAUAGUUGGUUUUGUCCUCAUGAGCGAGAAAAAACAAAAGGAUAAACCUGAUUCUGCUAAAGUAAACACUGACCAAAUCAACUUAUCACCUAAGCAGUUAUUCCGUAAAAUUGACUUUUACUUGUUAUGGAUAAUAAUGUUCUUAGUUAUUAUCCCUAUCACAAUUAUCACAUCAGCGUACAAGCUUUUUGGACAAGAGUUUAUCAGUGAUGAUCAGUACCUGUCCAUUGUUGCCAGUAUAACAGCACUUUUUAAUGCUGGUGGUAGGAUUAUGUGGGGUGCUAUAGUAGAUCGCAUUUCGUUCAAGUUACCAUUGUGCAUUGUGUUAAUACUAUGGGCUAUAAUACUUUUCACAUUUCCACAUAUUGGAGGAAUCCCAAUGCCGGGUCUUAAAGCUGCAUACGCAAUUUGGGUGUGGGCACUAUUUUUGGUACUGAGUGGAGUGUUUGUUAUUAUGCCAGGUGGUACAGGAAAUAUAUUUGGUCCUACUUACUUUGCCAUAAACUACGGCAUUGUGUUUACUGGAUUUACUGUCGGAAGUAUACUAUGUUCUGUUAUCUCAAUGUUUAUACAUGCAUCUAAUCCUUACCUAGUACAGUUCAGUGGCUGCGGAGGUGUUUGCUUACUCGCAUUUCUGUUUGCGAUUUGGAUUGAAGACAAGAAGAUCAUCCCGAAAGUUGACUGUAUACCUUGUGUAAAAACGUGUCCAAGUUUGAGAGUUCGCAAAAAUAGUGAAAAUCAGGAGAAUAAUGCAUGA